CUGUUCCCAGCUCCACCUGUUCCACCUUCAUACACAUCUGUCUCUCAUUUCCCUCAUUCGCUCCUCUGUAUUUUUACCUGCACUGUCGGCCUGUUUGUCUUUCUACCUGCGGUCCUGGUCUUCAUCACCUGCUCGGUUACAGUAACAUGUAAUCUCCUGUCGGAUCAGGUGUUUGACUGAAAUAAAUCUAAACUGAAAAGAUCUGAAAUGUCCGCAUGCAGACUUUCCUACAGGCAGUGAACGCAGCACGGUCGUCCAGUGAUGUUUACAUGUUGUUACCAGGCAACGGCAGCUGAGAGUCUGCUCCACCUGGCCGUCUGGUCCGGUUCGCUCCUGAUUCGCCAGGUUUGAAGAUAGUCCUCGUCCCGGUGAAGAUGGCCGGUGUCCUGAUAGACCCGACCCGGGCCCCGGUGGCCUUCGGGCGGCGGGCGGUGCCUCAGCUGUUCGAGGAGCUGCAGCGGCCGGAGACCGGCAGGAGGCGGCGGGCUCUGGCUUCACUCUGCGACCUGGUCCACGACCCGGAGCGGCUCUACCAGACCGUUAACGGAGGUUUUCUGGAGCAGCUGAAGGUUUUGUUGACAGAUGAAGAUCCAUCACUCAGAGCGAAGACCUGUGAUCUGCUUCACCUGCUGACGGCCCACAGCGUCGGCAGACAGGCCCUGCUCUCCUCCUCCAUCCUCCCUCCUCUCUCUCAGCUGCUGAACGACUCCUCGUCCUCCUGCAGGAGAAACGUCCACCAAGUGUUGAACCGCCUCGCUCAGCUACCCGCAGGUGCAGACGCUCUCCUCACUCUGGUUCCUAAACUGAUGCUGAAGCUCAGAGAGGAGGAGGAGGAGGAGGAGGAGGUGCAGGUGCUGCUCCUCUCCACCCUCAGCUGCUGCUCCAGGCUGGACGCUCUUCCUGCUCUGGCCUCCGACGGCGUCUCGCUGCUGCAACGGAAACUCUCCCACCGCUCCACGAACGUCCGCAGAGAGGCGGCAGCAGCCAUGAUGGCCCUCAGUGUUCCUGAGGACGGGAAGAGGCAGGUGUGUGAGGAGGCGGUCCUUCCUGUCCUGGUUGAUCUGCUGCAGGACGAAGAUGUCGAGGUUCAGGCCAACGCUGCAGGAGUCAUCAUGUACACUGUCGUCAUCACCACAGGUAAGCAGCAGUGUCUGGAUCUGGACGUCGUCCCCGUCCUCCUCCACCUGGCGUCCAAGAAGAAAGAGGAGGAGGAAGAGGAGGAUGUGGAGAGGAGGAGGAGGAGGAAGGCCCUCGUCAUGUACUCCCUGCGCGCUCUGACUGCGCUGGCUGAGGCUCCGGAUGGCCGCCGCCUCCUGCUGGAGCAGCUCCCCCUGCUGGUGGAGAGGAGCGAGGCGGCAGAGGAGGACCGGGACAUCCGACGGGCCGCUCUGACCGCCGUCAGGGUCGUUACCUGGACCCCCUGACACCCUGAU